AUGCGCGGCGGAUACGCGAAGGCUGCGCGGCGUGGACGAAUCAUCCAGCACACCGGGCCAACUGCUAUCGUCAGGGCUGCCAAUCGUCAGCGACAGCGCCGGAUGGUGAAGGAUUUCAGUCCUGCUCUUUGGUCAGUUCCAGGCCAACUAGUACUAGCUUUCUCGACUGCUGCACGUUUUGUUCCGAGGUUAGACGGGAGUUCAAGCCUUUGUCUGGCUGUCUGCAAGAAGACCAACCCCGUCGACUACCACGCAACUCCUUUGGACUUACUAAAAAGACAACUGGAUCGCCCGGAAGAUCCCCUCCCCGGGGGCCGAAAUUCGGAGGGAAUGACUCGUCAGAUGGAGGGGGGUGCGAGCGUGCUUGAGCGCGCGAGACCUGCCCUGAAUUACAUACAGACAACGUUGGAGCCGGAGUGCCGAUGGACGGAUGAAUUUCCUGCAGCAUACACAGUGGCCGAUGAGAUCUCUUCCCAAGACUAUUCCGGCAGCUCUACGAUACUGACUCGAAGGGAGAGAAACAGGCAGAGUUUCCUGAUUGGGGCAGGGUCUCUGAUGGCAUCUGGCGCCAUUCCCGUUCAGGACCAAUCACCAGACAGGCGCUUCUCCUCGCUUUUGAUUGCCUCGAGCCAAAGUCUGUCCGGUCCCGUCAGGUACCUUCGAAUGACUCCCCCAGAUGAAUGGAGACUUGGUCAUAUUCCUGUGGCGAUCAAACUAAAGCUCCAUGUUGAGUUCGUCUGUCUGGGAAACGACUGGCCAGAGAGCUCGAGCACACCCAGCGCCAGUAAGCAAGCAGUGGAGAUAGUAGGGCGCCCUUUCAUGCAGAAUGCAAUCGGAACAAUCCCAGGCCGGAGUCCAGUCAUCUCCGACCACAACGGAACUGUCAUCAUUCCUGUGGCUUCGAGGGGAAAGCAGAGGGCAGAUGACCCAGUCGGACUGGAAGGUCACGAGCGCGGGCGCUAG